ACAUCAACGCCCCGCGAUUGAGAAAUGAUUGUGCAGAACUGCCGGGCAGUUGCCCUGAUAUGAAAAGCAGGUCAAUGCAGAAGAAACGUCAACAAACGUGGAAAAGCAUGAAUCGCUAUAUUGUCAACAACACAGAGAAAUUGUCAAUUCGUGAAAACCCGAGGGGCACCUAAGGCGGGGAGGGGGGAAGAGGAGGUGUCAUCCGAAAGACUGAAAAGGCUAUUUAUCUGUUUGGAGCCUGAUCACUUUACGUUAGUGUUUGAGAAGUAUUUGAUUUUGUGUUGAGAGUGGGUGGGGAUUCACUCAGCAGCUGGCCAACGUUCAAACAUUUACCCAGUGACUGGUUCGAAGUGAAACUACAGGAGCUGUGCCGGAAGGAAGUUCUCCGAGGCGGCGAGACGCACAGACGUUGCCGGUAAACGGGAGGCUGCGAUAUGGCUGGAGACAGGACGCUGGCCUCCCGGUACCGGGGCUCAGUCUCUGCACCCGCUGGAGUGCUGGGACUCGGUGGACUGUGAGCGCUUUCCCCCGUUCCCUCCCUGGAAUGAACGGCAGCUGCUGCUUGCUGUAGCGUAUUUCAGGGGCCGGACUGACGCAGUGGAAAGUUGGUAGUGGGCAAUGUGUGACCGCUCCAUGUUGUUGUGGAUGGCCAGUGUGCAGCCGGCGCUGCUGCUGCUGCUGCUGGCCCCCUUCAGCGGCGUUUACUGCCUUGUGGACUCCAACAGCUCGACCCCAGCACUUUACUACGUGACGAUCGGAGAUGGCACCUCCACUGAAUUUGAGUUUCCUGAAAACACCAAAGGCAUCAUUGUGGUUUCCAGUCGCUAUGGGAGCGCCGAGGAAAAGGAUGGUAGUAAACUGCUCGUUCAGUCUCUGGAUCCGGAUGUCCUCACCAUCAUUAACGUCAGCGAUGCCGAAACCAUAGGAUUUGUGAAAAGUUACAUUGUCAGCAUCAAAUCCGGUCUGGCUGGGACUGCGCCGCUCUUAAUCCGCCUUGUGGAUGUCACCAGGGUUGAGCCAUUCACUGUGGAAGAACGAACAGAUUAUAUUAUUAAAGUGUCUCCCGGUGAUGAUGAUCUAAGUUCUACUAGUCUGGCGCACUUUUCUCAGAACCCUGUCCUUUAUUUCCUCCUGCCGCUAGUUUUUAUAAAUAAGUGUGCGUUUGGUUGCAAAGUGGAGUUAGCAGUCCUGCGAGGUCUUCUCAAACAGCCACAUCCGGUCAUUCUGGGAGUGAUCGGGCAGUUUCUGCUGAUGCCAUUGUAUGGAUAUACUUUGUCCAAGGUCUUUUCCCUUCCUAAAGCCCUUUCCCUUGGGCUGAUAAUAACUUGCUCUACCCCGGGAGGAGGUGGAGGUUACCUCUACAGUUUGCUUCUAGGAGGGGAUGUGACCCUUGCCAUCUCCAUGACCUUGAUCUCGACUAUAGUCGCGACUGGUAUGAUGCCACUUUCAUCCACCAUUUAUACCCAUAUUCUCAAUGUUCACGAAACGCUGCAUGUCCCAUUUACUAAGAUUCUUGUUACGUUGCUGUUUAUAGCUAUUCCCAUUUCAACUGGAAUGCUGAUAAAAUAUAAAUUGCCACGGCUCAGCAAGUUCUUACUUUUGCUUAUUCGACCCCUCAGUUUCAUAUUAAUCAUUGGAGGACUCUUCAUGGCUUACCAGAUGGGAGCAGCCAUACUUUACAAUGUUCGUAAGGAGAUAAUUGUUGCUGGAGUUGCUGUACCUGUGUUUGGAUUGCUUAUUGGAUAUCUCAUGGCAUAUUGCUUAAAAUUACCUGUUCCUUUGUGCAAAACAGUCAGUAUAGAGAUUGGAGUUCAAAAUAGCCUGCUAGCCCUCGCAGUACUCCAGUUGUCCUUCCGUCGAAUCGAAGCAGAUUUUGCCUCGCAGGCCCCGUUUAUAGUGGCUCUGAGUAGCACUUCAGAAAUGCUGCUACUUGUGAUCUUUCACCUUCUCUACAAAAACCUCAAGCCACAUCCGGUCUCUGAAGGAUUUAAGUCCUGAUUUCUUUGAGUUUGCUCAAAAGAAACGAAUUUCCUGCACUGCGAAAUGUUUGAAUAUUUUUAUAUUGAGCAAUUUUCUAAAAUGAGUAUAUGGCUACUGCAGCAAUUUGAUAUGUUUACAUGGUCUUUUGAAAUGAGCCACUGGCUUGCUUUUCUGCUGAACAUGAAUGCACUGCAUUUCAAUUGCUGAAUGGCUAGUGCAGUAACAUGCAGCCUUUGCUUUGCAUCUGGUAUUGGAUUUCAGUGGAAUUGGCAACUGUGUGACUUCAUUUCUUCGAGAAACUUAUUUUAUCUUAAAUUUAUUGGUGCAAAUGAUUUUUUGAUAGGUUGUGCUGUCUGCAAUAAGAGUUGUUGCCUUUUUUCAUUAUUUUCAGGUGUGUAAUAUCUGUUGAAGAGUGGAGUAUUCCACCAUGUUGUUCUUUGGUUUUAAAGAGGCGUCAAUGUAUUUCAAUAUUUCUUAGUUGAAACUCAGUGUUUAAAGCUUUGAUUGCUACUUAAGACACAUUCUCUUAAUCAGACUUGUACAGAAAUACUCCUUUAUAUGGCAAUAUGUAUUCACUAAAUAAACUAGAUUGGUGGUUCUGAGCAGCAUUCCCUGUUAUGUUUCAUUAGUUGGAAUUCUGUGAAACAGUUUUUCUGAGUAUAUACUAAUAUGUGUAUGCACUUUUUUUUUGUAGCAACUAACAUCAGUAAUAAUGCAGACAGACUUUAAUUUUAUGAUCUUAUUCUGUGAUGUCUAUAAAUUUUGAUUUACAAGUUAACCACUGCUCGUGCUAAAGUAAGAAUAAACUGAUUUUUAGACCUUGGGUAGUUAUUUGAUUUUUAAAAAAUAUGUACAUUUGAUCUAUUCUUUGUUCACCUGGCUACUGUUGAAAUAAGAAUGGCCUGCAUGUUGUUGUCAUGCUGAAAAAAGUCUAAUUUCAGUGAACAUUUACAGCAAAUCCUACUAUUUGCACAUUUUGUGAUUCUAGUUUUCACUCUUUUCAAAAAAAAGUAAAUAUAACACUGAAACCUGGGUGCUGCAUGAUAAUCCAAUCAAUGAUAUUAUUUAAUGAUGAAACAGUUCAAGGGACUGAGUGGCCCAAUCCUGCUCCUAAUUAACACUUUCAUUAAAAUGCCUUUUUCAAUGUUGUCUCCCUUCUGAAUUUGUUUAUCUGUUUAUAGCAUCACCAAUAAAUCCAAUAGCUGCACAGAAAUGCUAUUAACUAACUUCUCCUGAAAUAGACGAGUCAGCCAAUUGCCCCUUUUCCUCUUUCCCACUCUCUAGAUUUUCCCUAGCUCUGAAGACUAAUUAUACUGCUAUUCCCUAGCUACCCUGACUGAAAUCAGCUACCUCACCAAAAGUAUAAGGGAAGUUACCUACAUAACUUUUAACCUCCAAUUAACUAAUGUUCCAUUUUGUACAUGAAUGUUUUUGCUACUUGUUGUAUUUCUAUGCUUAAAAAUAGAAUUCUGUUUUAAGGCUAGAUUUGAAAACAGUAACUGCAUUUAGAUGUCAAAGAUUAACAUAUCAUCAUUUUCCUUAAAAUUGGUUUGAUUGAUAGGUAAUAAAGUAAUCAUAAGCAAGAUGAGAGUUUUACGUAAGUUACUACCAAAUGCAGUGCCUGAAAUAGUGGCAGAAGCAGAUUCAAUAGUAACUUGCAAAAGGCAAUUGGAUCAAAAGUUAAAAGGGACAAAAAAAUCGUACUGGGGAAUGGGGUUAAUUGGGUAACUUUUUACUUUUGCAAAACACAGGCCUGAUUACCUGAAUGGUAGUCUUUUUGCAGUAUCAUUGUGACUUUGUUACUCAUACUUUUAAUGUUGGUAACCUGAUGGAGCUUAAGUUUCCUGCCUCUAAGCUGAUUAUUUUUCAUGUGUAAAUUCAUAUGAGAGAACUUCCUGUUAUGCUAAGUAUCUAUAGAUGACUUUCUCCUUUUUUAUAUAAAAGUCUGCAAUAAAAUACCAAUAAAUGUAAGUUAUUUAAACUAAA